AUCCGUCCUCUCCCCAGCUCUCAUACAUGACUUCACGACCAGCAUUACACAAGUUGAGCGACUUCAAACCGUGAAUUAUUUUUCUUUCUCCCUCUCGCUCUCGCUCUCUCCCGGCCAAGCCCCCCUCCCCACAGACGAAGAUGACGGAAAGCUCCGCGAACAAGCUGCUGAACGGAGACGCCUGUCACCGCACCGCCAACGGCAGGAAAGCGAGUAAAAAUGGCUUCGUGAAGAACCACUGCCUGUUCCAACAGCCGCACAAGUACCGCCGCCCCAGGGAGAAGAACCAAAAUGUCACACACAACUCCAGCUUGUACAAGAAGCCCUUUUCAGAAUCCUUUGAGGAGACUCCUCUACUGGUGGCCGUGCUCACCUACAUGGGCUACGGCAUCCUCACCAUCUUUGGCUACCUCCGAGACUUCCUCCGCCACUGGAACAUCGAAAAGUGCCAUGUGGCUCGCGAGAGAGACGAGCAGAAGGACUUUGUCCCCCUCUAUCAGGAUUUUGAGAACUUUUACACCAGGAACCUGUACAUGAGGAUCCGAGACAACUGGAACCGGCCCAUCUGCAGCGUCCCCGGUGCCAAGAUGGACCUGGUCGAGAGAGUUUCUCACGACUACAACUGGACGUUCGAGCACACAGGCAAAGUGGUGAAGGAUGUCAUCAAUAUGGGUUCCUACAACUACCUCGGCUUUGCAGAGAACACUGGAACUUGUGCCGAUGCUGCUAUUGAGGCCACACAAGCGUAUGGAGUCGGAGUGGGCAGCACUCGCUGUGAGAUGGGGAACCUGGACAUCCAUGAGGAAAUGGAGCAGUUGGUUGCCAGGUUUCUGGGCGUUGAAUCAUCCAUGGCUUUUGGCAUGGGCUUCGCAACCAACUCCAUGAACAUUCCUGCUCUCACUGGGAAGGGUUGUCUCAUCCUCAGCGACGAGUUGAAUCAUGCAUCUCUGGUGCUGGGCGCUCGCCUGUCUGCCUCCACAAUUCGGGUCUUCAAACACAACAACAUGCAAAGCCUUGAGAAGCUGCUGAGAGAUGCUAUCGUACACGGGCAGCCGAGAACCCACCGACCCUGGAAGAAAAUCCUCAUCGUGGUUGAGGGCAUUUACAGUAUGGAGGGGUCCAUCGUACGUCUGCCUGAGAUCAUAGCUCUGAAGAAGCGCUACAAGGCCUACCUGUACCUGGAUGAGGCUCACAGCAUCGGGGCCCUGGGGCCGAAUGGCCGAGGAGUGGUGGACUACUUUGGCCUGGACCCUAAAGAUGUAGACAUCAUGAUGGGAACAUUCACCAAGAGCUUCGGUGCUGCUGGAGGAUACAUUGGAGGCAAAAAGGAGCUGAUCGACUACCUGCGGCGCCACUCUCAUAGCGCUCUGUACGCCACCUCCAUGUCUCCUCCGGUGGCCCAACAGAUAAUCACCUCUAUGAAGAUCAUCAUGGGAGAGGAUGGGACCACACUGGGUGCUGAUCGCCUCAGGCAGCUUUCAGAGAACACCACCUACUUCCGCAGAAAACUCCGCGAAAUGGGCUUCAUCAUCUACGGCAACGACGAUUCGCCCGUCGUGCCCAUGAUGCUCUACAUGCCUGCCAAAAUUGGGGCCUUUGGUCGAGAAAUGUUGAAGAGGAACAUUGGCACGGUGGUCGUCGGCUUCCCAGCAACACCUAUCAUUGAGUCCAGAGCUCGCUUCUGUGUUUCAGCUGCUCAUACCAGAGAGACGCUCAAUACAGCGCUGGAGGCCAUCAGCGAAGUGGGCGACCUGCUGCAGCUGAAGUACUCCAGACGUGAGCAGCCUCUUCCCUCUCUGGGCUGGAUGUCUGAGGAGAGUCUGCUUCAGGACUGAGCCACGUCGUCCUGCCUCAUCAAGCCCUCUUCCCAACUCACUGUCCCUCCCCUACUUUGAGCUUUUCGCGUCCAAAACCCUCCUUCGCCCCCCUCGUUUUCCUCUGAGCCAGCUCACUUCUCCAUAUCUCCUCACAUCAGACUCCCGUGGACUCACCAGAACCAAAGUCUGCACAGGUCCGACCCGUUCUGAAACCUGUACGGGCCUGUGUGCCGUCUGUGAGCGGUCCAGCCGAUUUCCCCAAUGGCCUGGGAGGACCAAAAUCACCCACAUCCAACUGUGUCCGUUGUUAGCGUGUUCAGAGCCUUUCUUUUUGUCCUAACUUAUUGUGACUGCAUUUGUCUAACGUCAAGUCUUAUUCCUGUGUGCACAUUGAAUGUGUAUCUUAUUUGUGCAAUAAUAACAACAAUAUGGAGUUUCUUUGUAAUUCAGACAACCUUGGGGCAAAGCAGAGUUCCUACUCGUGCACUCAGAGAAAAAGAAAUCCGAUCAUAGCCGUCGCUGUGAUUUCCACGAGGAAAAAAACGAUGUAUGUAAAUAUUAUUUAUCACACAGUUGGUCAUACUGCCUUAGGGUAGCAUCCCAGACCUCAAACGGAGAUACAUUAUUUCACAGGAGUAAGCAUGUGUUCUCCAUAUGUAUUUAUCUGAUUGCUUAUUUUUCCCCUAAUCACUUUUACUUGAAUAGAGAGUAUAGAAUAUUGGGUUCUUUCCCUAACCAAAGGAUAUAUGAAUAUAUAUAUAUAUGUAUGUAUAGAUAUAUUUUCUACCUUUUCUCUUAAAAAAAAAAGAAAACAGGUGUUCCAAAAGAAAACGUUUAACGGGGAAAGAACUCCAGGGAGCAAGACUUAAGGAAUAUUUUUUUUACUGCUUAUUUUCUAUAAAUAUUUUUCAGCUUUAUUUACUGUUUACACCUGCACUCAAAAAGAAAACAAACUUGAGCCUAGUGUCUUUAACAUUUCUAUAAGCUAACGAGCGACACGUGUGAUUUAUUUUUCUCGCAUUUCACUCUCACGCAAGUGCUUUCAUGUGAAUCGGCGAUCUGUGCACGACGACACGCUUUAACUUUAGAUCUGUACGUAUGACGACGGAGCUCCCAUCUGAUAUACAGACAGCUUUAUUUAUUGAAAAUGCGUUUGUCAUCCUUUAGCGAUCUAUUUUUGUGAAAGCUAUUGUCUUAAAGGCAGCUCCAAAUGUGUCCCAGCGGAGGGGAGUGUAUUUUAACGGACUACUUUAGAUGUCUUUACCUUCAGUGCAGCACUACUGACAGGCAUUUUAAAUGCACAGAUGACGUAGUCACUGAUAUUUGCGAGAUUUGUUUGGGAAUACUCCAUGUGUCAUUGUGUUUUCCUCAUAAUUUAUCAUUUGUGAUCAUCUGCUGGAAUGACAUUCCGUAUCGACCUGCUCUCAUUGUUGUUAGUUUUGGUUCACUGUCCUGUUUUCUCUGUGAGUCACUGUCAAACAUGUGUUUUUAUGUUGUAUCACUUUUUUUGACAUGAACAGGAGGUUGUCAGUGAAGCCAGUCAGAGAGCUGGCCGCCAUCUGACAAUGUGACCAUUCCCACAAAGUGAUGAAACUCAACACAAGUUCAAAGAUGCUUUUGGCAUUUUAGCACAGCACGACCACUAGUUUGGGUCUUUUUUUUGUUUUGUUUCUUUCUUUUUUUUUUUUGUACAUCCAUUACACAUUAGUCGCAUUUUUGUCUGAGUCAUUCCAAUAUUGUCUUUUCUCCACAAGAAAUGGCCUGCAAAAACAACUCGGUGAUGCAUUUGCUUUUAAUAAAUAAAAUAUACAGUGUGGAACACAUGACUGUGAUCUGGAUGCACUCUUCAGAAAUGUGCUCUGACAUAAAGAAUUUUCUUCUCGUCAAAGUUUCCUCUCAAGCUGUCUGCAGCACCGUGCAGUAUGUUGAGUCUCUACAUUUCUGUCCAUGUAGGCAAAAAAUGUAAUUGCAAACAGCAACAUGGCUGUUUUUCUCAGCCAGGUUUCCCUCACUGAAACUGCAGAGUUAAUGUCCGGGGAGAUCAUUUGAAUGCAGAGCUGCUUGCAAUGGGACGUUUUCCACCUCAGCCGUGUCUCGUCCCUGUGAACUGGCCUGCAGUGACCCGACGGAAACUUGCUUAUCAGUUGCUUUUGCCCUUGGAAUUGUAUUUGGGUUGAAGAUAAACCACUUAGAGGAGUUUGUAAAGCCGUGAUGUUUGUUGACCACGAUGUUGGAAACAGUGCUGCAAAGAUUAAAUCACUUUCUUUGUAUGGAG